AUGCAAGGGCAGCAAACGACACUUGCAACAGCAGCCACGUCAGCAGUAACAUCAGCGAAAAACUCAUUUUCCAAAUGCAACCAACACAAUUUUGUGCUCGAACAGCAGCAUCAACAGCAGCAGCAGCAGCAGCAGAAGCGGCAACAAUUUCAACAGCAACAGCAGCAGCAAAAGCGUAAAUUAAAACAACAACAACACCCACUCAAAGACAACUGCACUAUCUAUCAAAAAGCAGAAGAAGCAGAAACACAAAAGCAACAGGACUUAUCAUUAGCAACAGUCAGCAAUAAUAAUUAUGGCAUUGCAGCAGUACAACAACAAUAA